CUCACCUACAAGAAAAGCAUAGCCCACCAUCUCAUAUAUUUCACUCUCUCUCACCACCACCCCCCAAAAUCUAAAUCUCUCAUCCUACACACUACACUACCUUACAUAACUCCCUUCUCCCACCUUUCACCCACUGCACUACCUCUUGUUUUCUGCUGCCGCCCUAACCCCUAUCAUCCUAUCUCAUGAUUUCCCUCAUCUUUUCCUUCUGUUCAAGCUGCAGCAUCCAUGAAACUUGAACUUCUCCAACUUUCCUUCAUCUAAUCAUUUGUUCCUAAGCCUCCUUUCACCACAUACUUUUGUAUAAAAAAAGGGUUUUGGGAGAGACAACAACAUGAGAGCUGGGGGUUGCACAGUGCAGCAAGCUCUAACAAAUGAGGCUGCUAACGUCGUAAAGCAAGCUGUUAAUCUUGCUAGACGACGUGGCCAUGCCCAAGUGACUCCCCUCCAUGUAGCAAGCACCAUGCUGUCAGCUGCUACUGGUUUGCUCCGCACGGCUUGCAUUCAAUCCCACUCCCAUCCCCUUCAGUGUAGAGCCUUAGAGCUUUGUUUCAAUGUUGCCCUCAAUCGCCUCCCCGCUUCGUCAUCCAGUCCCAUGUUGGGAGCCCAUUCCCAGUAUCCUUCAAUCUCUAAUGCCUUGGUUGCUGCCUUCAAGCGUGCUCAGGCUCACCAAAGACGUGGAUCCAUUGAAAACCAGCAACAACCACUGUUAGCAGUUAAGAUAGAGCUGGAGCAGCUUAUAAUAUCUAUAUUAGACGAUCCUAGCGUAAGUAGAGUGAUGAGAGAAGCGGGGUUCUCUAGUACACAAGUCAAAAGCAACGUGGAACAAGCUGUGUCCUUAGAAAUCUGUUCCCAAAACGCUCCUUCCACAAACAGUAAAUCCAAGGAAAGUAGCAAUGGUAAUUUAGUCCUGUCUCAAUCUCCUACAGCUUCUCAGGUUGGGAAUAGUAAAGUGGAGAAACAAAGAGGAUCAGAUCCCAUAAUUAGGAACGAAGAUGUGAUGUUUGUGAUAGAGAAUUUGAUGAAGGAAAAGAGAAGAAGUUUUGUGGUGGUAGGAGAGUGUAUUUCAAGCGUACAAGGUGUAGUUAGAGCUGUGAUUGACAAAGUUGACAAAGGAGAUGCUCCUCAGUCUUUAAGAGAUACCAAGUUUGUAAACCUACCCUUCUCAUGUUUUGGGCAUCUAAACAAAGUGGAGGUUGAGCAAAAACUUGAAGAGUUAAAGAGCCAGGUUAGGAGCUGUUUAGGCACAGGGAUUGUUUUGAAUUUAGGAGAUCUCAAAUGGGCUGUGGAGUACAGGACAAGUUCAAGUGAGCAAAGUAGGGGAUAUUACUGUCCAGUGGAGCAUAUGAUCAUGGAGCUUGGGAAUUUGUUGGGGGAGAGUGGAAGGAGGUUGAGGCUCAUGGGGGUUUCUACCUUCCAAACUUACAUGAGGUACAAAUCUGGCAAUCCAUCCCUCGAAACUGUUUGGGGUCUUCAUCCUCUAAUCCUUCCUGCUGAUAGCUUACGCUUGACUCUCAUCACUGACUGUGAUGCGCAAAGUCAGGUCACAAGCAAGAAAGUAGAAAACGGGUCAAGCUGGAGGAUUUCGCUUGACAAUGGAGGGGAUGAGAAUAAGCAACAGCUGACUUGCUGUGGUGAUUGCUCCACCAAGUUCGAAAAUGAAGUUGGAAGCUUACAAAGCAGCAGUGCAUGCAAUAGUGAGUCCACCACCACUUCAAGUCUCCCCCCAUGGUUUAAACCAUACAGGGAAGAUAGCAGAGGAGUUGGUGCCAAUGAUAAGGACUCUGCCCUAGUCAGACAACUUUGCAAAAAGUGGAAUUCGUUUUGCAAUUCAGUCCAUAAAUUACAGCCAUAUCCCAUAUCCGAAACAACCCAUGCAUUCUCUUCUGUUUCUCCUCCUUCCUCUACUUGUUUCUUUUCAAAUGACAAGCACCAUGACUGGCCUGCGCUUGAACCUAGACAGUCUUGGAGAGACCAUCCUUUAUGGAUUUCUGAAACACUUGAAAAGACUGCUGAACCCACCAGUGCUAGUUUGAGAUUAUAUAUUCCAGAACAUAAUUACAAGGACCCCAAACAACUCUUAUCCCCAAACCCUAAUUCCACCCCCAACUCAGCUUCUUCCAGUGAUGUGAUGGAGAUGGAAUAUGUUCACAAGUUCAAGGAGCUAAAUGCGGAGAACUCGACCACCCUUUGCACUGCAUUGGAAAAGAAGGUGCCAUGGCAGAAAGAUAUAGUUCCUGAGAUCGUGAGCACAAUCUUAAAAUGCAGGUCAGGGAUGUUGCGAAGGAAAGGCAAGUUGAGAGAUGGUGAGUGUAAAGAAGAAACUUGGUUGUUUUUCCAAGGUGUUGACGUUCAAGCUAAGGAGAAGAUAGCCAAAGAGUUGGCAAGGCUUGUUUUUGGUUCACAAAACAACUUCGUCGCCAUUGAAUUAAGCAGCUUCUCAUCCACAAGAGCAGAUUCGACUGAAGAUAGUCGAAGCAAGAGAUCAAGAGAUGAACAAAGUUGCAGUUACAUGGAGAGAUUUGCUGAAGCAGUUUCCAGCAACCCACAUCGAGUGUUCUUCAUUGAAGAUGUUGAGCAAUCAGAUUAUUGCUCUCAAAUGGGUUUCAAAAGAGCUAUUGAGAGAGGAAGAAUAAGCAAAGCAAAUGGAGAAGAAGCUGUCCUCAGCGAUGCUAUCAUCAUUUUGAGCUGUGAAAGCUUCAGCUCAAGAUCAAGAGCUUGCUCCCCUCCUGCCAAGCUAAAAUCCGAUGAAGAAAAAGUGGGUGCAUUGGCAUUGGAGGACACGACAAGUCCUUGUGGGUCAUUGGACUUGAAUAUGUCCAUUGAUGAUGAUAGUCUCCAAGAGGAAUCAAUCCAUGAUAUUGGGCUUCUUGAAUCUGUAGACAGGAAGAUCGUUUUCAAAAUUCAGGAAUUAUAAAAAUAAAAUAAAAAAAUCCUGUAAACCCUUCCAAGUAAUUUCCCUUUUUUUUUUUUUCUUUUUUUCUUUUUUGGUGAAAAUUCUCUUUGUUCAAAUAGUCUUUAGAUUCUUAGACAUUUCUUAGGGCUGGAUUAAUACAAGAAAAACCAACUUGCCUGUUUUUGUAAAAUUA